AUGCUCGAACCAACGCCAAUGGAAUGGGUCACGGUCAAGACGACGCUGCCCGCGGUGCCGUACCCGCUGCUGGAUGGGCGGCCCGACAUCCGGACGGAGCGGCUGAUCCUACGGCGGACGCUGGAGAGCGACCUCGACGGGUGGCACGCAUUGCGUCUGCAGCCCGAGGUGAUGAAGUGGACGUCGCAGGGGCACCCGGACCCGGACGUGGAGUGGUCGCGCGAGCAGAUGAAGAAGCGGCUCGCGCCCUUAGGCGACGCCAAGUACGAGUUCGUCAUCUGCGUCGCCGAGACGGGCGAGAUGAUCGGCACGGGCGGCUGCCACAUGGUGGUCGGGGAGCUCGGCUGGCCCGUCAUCGGGUACAUGCUGCGCAAGGAGUUCUGGGGCAGGGGCUACGCGACGGAGCUGGUCAACGGGUUCCUCAAGGCGUGGUGGGCGCUGCCGCGCGCAGAGGUCGAGCUGAAGGUAGAGAAGAGCAGCGUCUCGGCCGAGGGGGUGGCCGACGGGCGCCUCGUCGACGAGUGCAUCGUGGCCGUGACGCUCGACUCCAACGCCGCCAGCCAAAACGUGCUGCGCAAGUGCAAGCUCGACCUCGUCAAGGUCUGGGAGGAGGACGACCUGCGCGACCCGACGCAGAGGGCCGUCCUGUACGCGUUUGUCGGUCGCAAGCCGGCCGCGAGCUGA